AUGCCGAAGGUUUCGAAGAAGCAAACACCCCGUAAUGUUUCUUCAAAUUCCGACAAGAGUAAUUCCGUUCAACCGUCAACAUCUACCGGAGUAACAGAGAAGACUUUCGUUGAUCGCAAAGCCGAGAUUAAGACCUGUUUUUCGGAAAUUCGAGAUCCACAGUCGGCGCACUACCAAACAUGGCUGGUGGCGAAAGCGGGGCGGCGCCAGGUUGCCAACUUUAUCAUGGACUAUGUUUAUUUUAUUAAAGGAUCAGCUGCAGCUUACAAGUCGUCGGCAUCGACUGGGGGAUGGGUAGUGGAGAUCCUGACUUCAUGCGUUCCCGGCCCGAUAUCCAUGUUCAUUCCCUCCACUGAUUUUGGAUUCGUUCGCGAUCUGGAGCGUUCUAUCCACAAGAAUACAGAGUAUGCAGGACGCCUCACUUUGUCGUGCGACCAACCCACUUUGAAGCGGUUCCAUAACUGGAAGCAAGAACAAUUUGCCGAAAAAUAUAAGGCAGAAGAUCGUACGCGAAGCCAUGUCCUGCAGCUAGGAAUUCAGCCAGACCAACGGACUUUGGUUAUGGGCGAAAAUUCCAUGGGAAUUUACGAAGAAGACCCGGCUCAACCAGAAGUGCUGAUUUUCAGGAAAGUUACGAAAGCUGAAUCGAAGUUUUUCUGGAAUGCGUCAUUAAAUUUGGCGGAUUUUUCUCCUGACCUGGCGGCAGAUGGAUCGGCCAUGACAAGGCUGAUUGAAGAAAUCUUCAACGAAAGAUUCCAUCUUAAUUUUUAUGCUCUGUUGGGCUAUGCCGUGUCCGGGUUUUUUGCGGGCUUUAUUCGAGAGAAUCUUGGCUGUGCACUGCCGGUUCCCAUCCUUGUUGGCCCGACCAUCAGUUUUAAGACACGAUUAAUGGAAUGGAUUUGCUCCGUGUUCGGCCACCACAAUAAUUCAGAAGUGCUGGGUGCAUGGCUGCAUAUGAAGUUCAUUGACGCCACCCAAGCAGGCAUUGAGGGCGUAGGAAGAAAGCAUCCUUUUGCGAUCAUGAUUCAAGACUGUGCUAAUAUGGAGGACCUGGAGAACCUUACGAAGCAGUACUUUGACGGCGCCCGAAGGGUAACGAAGAACGGUACAUGGGAGAUCGCCAACCCCCUUGCUUAUGGCUGCAAUUUCGGAGCGUUAAAACGACUUUUUGACGCGAUCGAGCCAUCGUCUCGUGAACGGAUGGUUGUAUUAGAACAACUGCCGCAACCCAGAAAGCCGACAAUGCAGGAGAAGAAACAGUUGGCGGCAGCUCGACUAGCAUUUUCGGGCAAUCUUACACUGUUCGCAAAUCCCAGCCCGCAAUCAUUUGAUGAAACAAAUUGUGGAGGACGCGUUUUGGAAACUUAAAGAAGCGUUUGCUAAAGAUUUGGAAAAAAAAAGGAGUUAUAGAGCAGAGCACUCGGCUAUCCGAAAAUAACGCGCUGAUUUCCGCACUUGGAGUUGCGGCAAAAGUUGUUCUGUCGGUUGCCUUGGACAAGAGCGCAUCACAGGAGAAAAUCGCGCAAAUUACGGAGACUUGGAUAGCGAAGUACUGUGAAUACUUUCGAACGUGCCAGCUGAAACGAAUUAUGAACACUCAAGUGCGGUCGGCAACGGUGGGCGAUGAACCGCUGGGAUCCAUUCAAGCAGCUCUUGUCACCUUUUUGUUAGAGUUCAUGCAAACAAAUCCGAAGUGGCACGAAUUUUUUACGUGGCCGGUUCGUACGGAGAGUCUUGGCAGCAAAGAGUGUUUUGCGAUUCGGACAACGCAUAUUUUCCAGCAUUUGGCCGAUCGAAAGGAGACCAACGCUGAAAUCGUCUCCCUGCUGAGGGAAACUUCAGAAGCGGCAGUAAAGGCGUGGUUGAACGAAAAGCCGGAAAAGAAUUCCAAAAGAGGCGCAGUCAACAUCACCGUAAACACGUUCUGUACGGGAAAGCCGGCUGCUGGAGACGCGAUGCCAAUAACACUGCUGGGAGAGAGCUGGCAGUUGAUUAUUGACGAAGCAACCCGGCAGAGCCAUGAUCCAGCACAACUGAAAUGUCACAUUGCCAACCGAGCAAUUUACAAGCGCCUUCUUCAAGAACGGAAGUGUUCAGAAGUAGCUACCGAUAAUCAGAGUUCUGGUGGCAAUAAAGGAAAUGAGCGGUCAUCGUCGGUCGAGGAUGCAGAGCAGAGUCGGAAGCGACCCCGGUCGCCGGAUCCGACCCUCCAGGGUCCCGAG